AUGUUUUCUUCAAGACGAAUGAAAACCAUCGAGGUUUUCAAAAAUGGUAGCCAGUUAUUUGUCAUGCCAAGCAUAUUGAACAGCUUUUCUUCUGAAGUUACACGAACUGCAACUGUCUUGUUCAUUGACAAUGUUCCCAAGAAAGGUUUUUGGGAAUGUGCUGUCGGAAAGUGUGGUCUCUGUUGUCAUGUUAUCGUUAUACUUCUACAGUUAGAACACUUCGCAACACAUAAAAAGCUGUUUUUGUCUUUGACCUGUACAGAGAAGCUUCAAAAGUGGCAUCGACCAAAUUUCAAGAAAGGGAAAGAGGUAAAAGCUAACUCGAAGGCUGCUUCUCAUAUCAGACUCAAAUAUUUUAGAAAUGCCAAAUCAGCAAGACAUGUGAAUCAAAGAAGAAAGUUGUAGCUAGAGAUGUAAGUGAUGAAAACAGUAACUGGCUGAAACGAGAUAUUUCCUCCAUGAGCUCUCAAGUAGUAGAUGGCCUGUCUAAAUGCAGAGUCAAUUUAUCAAAUCAUGUUCUUAAAACUCUAGAGAAAUUUGAAAUAAGAUAA